GCAGGUAAAGACAGAGGAGUAGAGAGAGAGAGUGUCUCAUUCCAUUCACCCCACACACACAAAAAAGGUGGUGGCAAAAAAGUUCUUUUUGUACACACUGCGAUGAUGGCGAUCAUGAUGCCUGUAAUCUCCAACAACACAACCACAACAAACACCACCACUACCUUCCAAUUCCAUUCUCUUUCUUUCACUCGUAGCAACCAUGGUUAAUCUCUUCUUCUCUCUUCUCUGCAACAGAGCAUGAGUGAAUGAUUGAAUGAAUGAAUGAAACUUUUUAGCAACCAUCCAGCCAUGGAGAUAGAGCAGAAGAAGAAGAAGUGCGGGUGCUGGAGUGUCCUCAAACGUGGCGUUAGAGGUGCGUGCAAACCCUCAGAUUCCAGAGACUCUGCUAACACUAUCCCUCGUACUAGUCUCGUUCAUGAUGCAGCAACUGAGACGCGGUACCUGAAUGCUAGCAAUCGAGAACUAUUUCCUCCGAAUGAAGCUCGACUAUCUUCUGAUAAUCCUGAUCCCGCUGCGGCUCAGGAGAACAAGGCUCCUUGCCAGCUCCUUCAAUUUACAUUUCAAGAACUAAAAUCAGCAACUGGAAAUUUCAGACCAGAUAGCAUUCUUGGGGAGGGUGGCUUUGGCUAUGUUUUCAAAGGAUGGAUUGAGGAAGAUGGAACUGCCCCGGCGAAACCCGGGUCAGGGGUUACAGUGGCUGUCAAAAGCUUGAAGCCAGAUGGUCUUCAGGGUCACAGAGAAUGGGUGGCUGAAGUUGACUUUCUUGGACAGCUUCACCAUCCUAACCUUGUGAAACUUAUCGGCUACUGCAUUGAAGAUGAUCAGCGGCUUCUUGUUUACGAGUUUAUGACCCGUGGCAGUCUAGAAAAUCAUCUAUUCAGAAGAACCGUACCUCUUCCCUGGUCCAACAGGGUUAAGAUUUCACUUGGUGCAGCAAAAGGAUUGGCUUUCCUCCAUAAUGGUCCAGAACCAGUCAUCUACAGAGAUUUCAAAACAUCAAACAUUUUGCUUGAUACGGAGUAUAAUGCAAAGCUUUCAGAUUUUGGUCUAGCAAAAGCAGGCCCUCAGGGGGACAAAACACAUGUUUCUACUAGAGUUGUUGGCACUUAUGGUUAUGCUGCUCCAGAAUACGUCAUGACAGGACACUUGACUUCAAAAAGUGAUGUUUAUAGCUUUGGAGUUGUGUUGCUUGAGAUUUUAACAGGAAGAAGAUCGAUGGACAAGAAGCGCCCGAGUGGGGAACAAAGUCUUGUUUCAUGGGCUAGGCCAUAUUUAGCAGACAAGCGAAAACUCUACCAACUCGUGGAUCCUCGCUUGGAACUAAAUUAUUCUUUGAAAGGAGUGCAGAAAAUUUCCCAGUUAGCUUAUAGUUGCCUCAGUAGAGACCCCAAAUGCCGUCCUAACAUGGAUGAAGUUGUGAAGGCUCUGACCCCAUUGCAGGAUCUUAACGACCUCGCAAUCUUGUAUCACUCUCGUUUAUCACAGCAAGGGAGAAGAAAGAAGAAAUCAGAUGGAACUCCACAUUUAACUUACACUCAGUCCAAGAGCAUGAGGGCUUCUCCCUUGAAUACCGGCAAGCAGCAUCACCAUCGAUGAUCGGAAGCGAUCCUCUUUAUUGCUGGCUCAAUCAUUUUGAUUGAAACCAAGGUGGUUGUUUUUGUUGUUAUGUGUGGACAUGGACAUUUCAAACUUACCUAGUUUUUGGGUGUUUAAAAUCUGUCAGGGCCAGAAGAAUGAUGGAAGAGUAAUGAUACAUUGAUUUUCUUUUGGCUCUUAUAUUAGAGAGCUAACACUUGCCAUUUGCUAAUGCUGUAAUUGAGAAAUCCUGUAUCUAUAUGAAAGGCCUCAAGUCUCAGAAAAUUGUUUGCAGCUGCCUGAAUCAAUAGUGUCUAGCAGUGAAAAUAACAUUUCUCUACUUUAGUGCUAAAAUUUUUAUGCUUCAUUUUAAUUCUAUUGAGACAAAUCAUAGUUCUUGUAUGUACAAUAGAUUGGUUUA